UGCCCCCCUGUGAAAUUCCUGACUGCCAGGGUGAUUCCUACGGUUACCAAGGGCUGCUUCCUACUGUAGCCUACUGUGAGCUCUGGGGCAAACUGUUUUACAACCUCUGGAUAAAUUAUCAACUACGGGAAUGAUAUCUCCACCGAUAAAGGGUUGAUGUUUCCUCACCGGGCGCCCCCAGGGUCGCUUUCAAGACUGAUUGUCGACAGCUCGCCACCUCUGUCAGCCUCUUGAGCGAGCCAAUUGAUCGCCUCUAGCUCAACAACACCCCCACUGCGUCUGCCAGCGGUCCAGCCGAGCAGCCUCUGUGUUGCCCCAAGCCCGGCUGCCUGGGUAGGACUGCAUCACCAUGGACACAGAGUCCACGUACUCGGGCUAUUCCUACUACUCCGGACGCUCCCGGGGAUCCCACAGGCAUGGGGAGCGAAGCCGGGACCGCCACAAGUCCCGCAGUAAAGACAGCCGCUCAGAAAAGUCAGUAACAAUUAACACGCCACCUGCUGAACCUCUGCUGGGUGACUCGGCUGUUCGCGGUGAGCAGGUCCAGGAUGACAACUGGGGCGAGACCACCACGGCCGUCACGGGCACAUCAGAGCACAGCCUCUCUCAGGAGGACAUCGUUCGCAUCACCAAGGACCUGGAGGACAGCGUGGGGCUCGACUGCCGUCGUUACUUUACCCUGACCCUGGCCGUGAUCAUAGGCCUGCUGGUGUUCCUGACGCCGCUGGCCUUCCUGGUGCUCCCCCACCUCCUCUGGCCGGAGAAGCUGCAGAGUUGCGGCACGGCCUGCGAGGGCCUCUUCAUCUCCGUGGCCUUCAAGCUGCUCAUACUGCUGCUGGCCGUGUGGGCGCUCUUUUUCAGGCCGCCACGGGCCGGCCUACCGCGGGUCUUCGUAUUCCGGGCGCUGCUCGCCGUUCUGGUGCUGCUUUUUGUCGUUUCCUAUUGGCUGUUCUACGGAGUCAGAAUACUCGACUCACAGGACGAGAACUACCAGGGCAUCGUGCAGUACGCUGUGUCGCUGGUGGACGCUCUGCUCUUCAUCCACUACCUGGCCAUCGUCCUGCUGGAGCUCCGGCAGCUCCAGCCGUGCUUCUCUGUGUGCGUCACACGCUCCACGGAUGGUGAGACUAGGCACUACAACUUGGGACACCUAAGCAUUCAGCGGGCGGCUCUGGCCAUCAUAGAACACUACUACUGUGACUUCCCAGUCCAUAACCCUGCGUUGCUUUCCGCCUCCAAGUCCCGCGCUGCCAAGCACCUGGCCGGCCUCAAGGUUUACAAUGUGGAUGGUGAGUCCCCAGCAGCUCAUGCUGAGGGUCCGGGGAACAAUGCAGCAGCCGGACUUGCCCACUCCCAGUCCAGAGCCAUGAUUGCAGCAGCUGCCCGCCGCAGAGACACCAGCCACAACGAGCUGUACUACGAGGACGCUGAGCACGAGAGGCGUGUUCGCAAACGCAGAGCAAGACUGGUGGUGGCAGUCGAGGAGGCGUUCACACACAUCAAGCGCAUGCAGGAAGAGGAGCAGAAGAAGGCGCCAGGGGACGUGAUGGAUCCACGAGAGGCAGCACAAGCCAUCUUCCCAUCCAUGGCUCGUGCCCUGCAGAAGUACCUGAGGACCACUAAGCAGCAGCACUGCCACAGCAUGGAGAGCAUCCAGCAGCACCUGGCCUUCUGCAUCACCAACAACAUGACGCCCAAGGCGUUCCUGGAGAGCUACCUGACCCAAGGUCCCACCCUGCAGUACAGCCGGGACCACUGGCUGGCCCGUCAGUGGACGCUGAUAAGCGAAGCGUCGGUCACCAGCGGACUGAAAGACGGCUCAGUCUUUGUGCUCAAGUGUGUGGACUUCAGCCUGGUGGUGACGUCAAAGAAGAUCCCUUACAUCCAGAUGUCGGAGGAAUACAUCGACCCCAAGUCACACAAGUUUGUCCUGCGGCUACAGUCUGAAACCUCCGUGUAGGACACUACACUUUUGUUGUUUGUUUUUGUUUUUUUUUAUUUCUCACCCUGUUUCGUUGCUCUCAAGUGUUUUCAUUUUGGGCUUGCAGUUUUUGUUUUUACUUUUUUGGAAUUUUUAUAUAUUAUAUAUGAAUCUAUAUAAAUUACACACGUUUAAAUAUAUUGAUCAUUUUCUGUUUAAAUUGGAUGAAAACAAAAGAAAAAAUUGAGGCCAGAUUUUGUUCACGGCAGUUUGACUCAGUCGCCUCGAACAUGUGUGUGUGUGUGUAUGUGUGUGUGUCUGUGCGCGCGCGCGCGUGUGUGUGUCUGUGUGCAUGCGAAUGUGUAAUUUUGUGUCAAAACAAUCACUGGUUCCUUUUCUGUUUGAAAUGCUGUAGCCAAACAAGAUGGGACCAUUUGAUGUUUCUGACAUCCCCUGAGAGACUCAAUCACUCCUUUAUUUCCAUGGGACAGGAAGACAGAGAGAUAAACCACUAAGGACUUCCACGGUGUGACUCUGGAUUUUGAUAAUUGAAGCCUGAUGUCAACACAUGACAAAUAGCCUUUAUGUGUUGCUGUCUCGUCUACAACAUUUCAAUGUAUUUUGACGACUUUUGGACGUCAGCAAACAAAGAAAUGGGUUUCUUUCCCUCGAAAACCAAAUUAAAUGCAUUUGACGAAAAGAUGAAACUAAACUUCAGUCAGACUUUGCAUUCAGUGCACAUUUAAAAGAAUAUGCCUGAAAAGGAUGGAACGUAUGAUCUCGGCCUGCUCACAAACGAUGUCGGACUGUUUUCUUCUCGCCACAACCUCCACAUCACUUCUUCAGGACCUCCGUAGAGCUCCAGACAAACGCUUUUCUUGACAGUCGAGAUGUCAAACUCCAGUCCGCCUCAUGUCCAGCUUAAGGCGUACAGUAACCUUGUUGAGUGCUAAUUCCAGCAUCCAAAUUGAGCGCUCUUUGAACUCUUCUGGUGCACGACUCUUCUCCAGGCUCAAUGAAGCAAAAUCUGUAAUAUUUCCACUCCAGUUGGGAACAACACACACACGCUACGUUAAACACCGGGGUGAACUCAGAAUGAACCGGAUCAUAAGGUGGAUACAUGCCCAAAAACAUUUGCCCUGCCUCAUCGGUUCAGUAACCUUCUCAGGGCUUUCAUGUCUGCCUGACAUGAUGGAAAGGGAAGGCAGCGAGGAGGAGAGACACGAGAUAAAAAGUACUACUGAUUACUCAUAACCAGAAUUCCCCCUUUGUUACAUAGCAGAAAAUCUAAAUAAUAUGUAAAUUCUCAAAUAAAAGCCAGUAUUCAAAUAAGCACGGCCAGAAUUAACAAAUAAAGGUUUGUCGCUAGUAAAGAAAAAAAGGAGGGUGGAAUUACCUGCAGCUCCCUUGGUAAAUUUAAUACACUGUUAAUUUCCACAUCAAUAAUUACAUCAGUACAACAAUCUGCUGCUCUGAGUUUCUAUUUUUAGAGAAACAGAAAUAAUGGUUUCAUGCUCUGUUAAGCUACCGUCAACAAAAACACUUCCUCAUGUUUUUCAUAUUAAAAGUCUACCUCUAAAAAGAAAGCUGCAAGACUUUUAUUUUGGCAUUUCAUUUUUGCCUUUUAAUCAACAGUCAACAGUGUAGAGGACAGGAAACACGGGGAGGAAGGUUAAAUAUGAUACACAACAAAGGUCCUGUUCUGGAAAAUUCUGGAGGAAGUUUUGAGAUUUAUUAAUGGCUGCUUAACUUCGUUUAGGGGGAAAGCCAAAGUAGCACACCUGAAGAGAGUCUUGCUGUACAGAUAGAUUUAGUGCUUUGGAAAAAAACAUCAAUCUGAAUUUAUCAAGACAACAGAGCAAAUGGUUUUCUCUGCCACCAACCUAAAUAAAGGCCACUAUUGGAGAAUUCACAAUAUUAAAGUAUGAUUUAAUCUUUCAGGGCUCAGUGGGUUUUCUUGUAUCACCAGAAUACGUAAUAGAUGUAUCAAGUCAAUAGUGAGAGCUGCAGCAGGGUGGAACCUCCUUCCCAACUGGACCGUCUGGUUUUCUUUUACUACCUUGUCUCACCUCUGUUGUCUGACAAACAUGCUCACAGUGAAUCCCUUGAGGUCUGCCACUUCAAUGGAAGACGCAGAAGGGAUUUUUCUCAUUCUUUCUCUCAGCCAAUGUAUCAGUUUAUCUUGUAAAGUCAAAGAAAUACAGUUAAAUUAAGCUAAUGUAACUUUUAGAUUCUGUCAACGCUCAGUUACUACUACUGUCCCUGUCAUAACUGAUCCAGUAAAUUUACCAAAGUUGUAAAAAGAGGAUCACACUACGCUCCGUAUAACUCGCUCGAGAAGAAAAAUAUGCUGUACUAAAAAUGGCUAUGAGCAGGGUUGUCCUCUACUGCCCCCUGGCUGGUAAACCUAAUAUUUUCAGUUUGUCUGCCUGAGGGCAGCAGCAACAUGUUUCCAUAUGAAUAAAGAUACUGGUUAUUUUAGCAAAAACAGUAUUUCACUGUAAACCUUUCACUAUUAAACCACCUGGAAAGCACUCAUAAAAACAUGUUUGCUGUUUCCUGCGUAAUGCAUUAACGGCAAAUAUCUUUUUUUAAACGCCUGGUCACAUUUUGUACCUAUUGACAAAUGAACUUUGUAUGAUCCCAAUGUGACUGUGCCUCCUGUUUUUACACUGUAUCUAUUUAUGUAAACAAGCAUGUGUGUAUGUAAGUAUGUAUGUAUGCCAUUCCAGUUCACAUGACCAGCCUUUGCCCCUGUCCUCUACAUCACCACCAUCCGUCACGCUGCUGCCAGGUUACAUUCUUUCUUUCAUGGUUUGGUUUUUGUUGGACAGCUUUAUGAUGAUGACGUGACAUUGCAACGUAAGACAUGUUUCAGUUUUGCAGCAUUAGCAUUUACAAAAAAAUAAACAUUUUUAUGAACAUUUGUAAAACUGCUGUAUGGGAUUGUAUUGUGUAGUAAAGGACCCCGAUUCUUCUCCAAAAGGUCA